UAACCACAUUUAUGGGCCAAAAUAUCACAAUUUCUAGACAUGCUUCUUCAUUUUUAAGAUGGGAGAUGCUUGCUGCUCCCUUCACUGAGACUUCAGAUUGGGCAUCACACAUGGUAUAACUGACUGCUCAGGAUAUGCCAGGCCUUUUGCUGUAUAGUGUCUAUUACCUCGUUUGGUGCUCCCAGCCCUGUGAGGUACGCAUUAUGCUCUGCAUUUUUUCAGAUGAGAAAACAGGCUUGGAGGUUGGGUAUCUUUCCCAAGGACACCUGGAGAAGAGGGGGUAGAGCUGGGAGGCGUCUGGAUUCUCCGACUAUGUCCUGAGAGCGGGAUGUGAGUGACCUGAGCCCUCGCGAGACCCCGCACCCGCCCGCAGCAGGUGGCCGGGCACAGCCGAGAAGAAAGUCCUGCCAGCUCUCCCGGGUGCGGGGACGCGCGCGCCCACCUUCCCGGAGACUUCCGGGAUCCCGGAGGGGGCGGAAGUCGAGGCCUCUUUCGCUUCCGGCUCGGCCAUUGUUUUUGCUUUAACGGGCAGUAGAGGUGUCCGGCCUCGGUGCCGAGUGCCACUGCGAGUGGGCAGGGGCGCGGAGGGAGGCGCGGCCGGAGCUCGGGUGGCCGACGCUGGCCCGGACCGCGCUUCUUCGCGGCGCAGGCGGCGCGGUCCCCGUGACUCUCAGAAGCCGCCCAAUGUGGAGCUGCUUCUUUGUCCCAUACCCCUGACCAUUCGUGCGUGGCACGGAGCCGGGUAUCUGCGGGUACAGCGAUGAACAGGGCAGACGUGGCCAGGUGAGCGGCGCUGCUGAAGCCUGGUGUAACACGAAAGGCAACACUACCAUCACCCCUUUCUCCAACCCUGAAAAACAGCUCCUGAGACCUGAACUAUAGACCGUCAUUUUAAUCGGACCAAUUGCAGCUGGAACAAGCUUCUCUUUGGGGUCACAAUGACCACUUCAGGCAGGGGAAAUUUAGGCCUCAUCCCCAGGAGUACUGCUUUCCAGAAGCAGGAGGGGCGCCUGACUGUGAAGCAGGAGCCAGCGAACCAGACCUGGGGGCAGGGCAGCAGUCUCCAAAAGAACCAUCCUCCUGUCUGCGAAAUCUUCCGGCUACACUUCAGGCAAUUAUGUUACCACGAGAUGUCUGGGCCACAGGAAGCGUUGAGCCGGCUCCGGGAGCUCUGCCACUGGUGGCUCAUGCCAGAGGUGCACACCAAGGAGCAGAUCCUGGAGCUGCUGGUGCUCGAGCAGUUCCUGAGCAUCCUGCCUGGGGAGCUCCGUACCUGGGUGCAGCUGCAUCACCCUGAGAGUGGUGAGGAGGCUGUGGCUGUGGUGGAGGAUUUCCAGAGACACCUCAGUGGACCAGAGGAGGUUUCAGCCCCAGCACAGAAACAGAAAAUGCAUUUGGAGGACACAGCAGCUCUGGGUGCAACAAAGGAAUCCCCUCCUACGUCACCCCUCAGUGGGGGCUCAGCCCCUGGAGCCCACCAGGUGCCUCCUUAUGACCCAGGGACACACCACCUCCCCAAUGGGGACUUCGCUCAAUGUGCUUCUCCAGUUCCUACCCUUCCUCAAGUGGGGAACUCAGGACCUCGGAUGGUCAGGCCCCAGGAUACUGUGGCAUUUGAGGACCUUUCUGUGGGCUAUACUCAGAAGAAAUGGAAAUGUCCCGCACUCAGUCAGAGAGCCCUACAGUGGAACAUGAUGCCGGAAAAUGACCGCAGCAUGGCCUCCUUGGCUUCCACUGCUACUCCAGGUGAGAACAUGAUGAAGGGUUCAGAGUUGACUCCAAAGCAGGAAAUUUUUAAAGGAUCAGAGUCAUCUAACAAGAUAUCAGGGGGACUCUUUGGGAUGGUUCCUGGGGGAGCAGAGACUGGAGGUGUUUGUGAAGAUACUUCCAAAGAGUUAGAAGGACAAACCUCAGAUGAAGAAGGGAGCAAGCUAGAAAAUGAUUUCUUGGAAAUAACAGAUGAAGAUAAGAAAAAAUCCACAAAAGACAGAUACGACAAAUAUAAGGAAGUUGGGGAACAUCCACAUCUGUCCUCCAGUCCUGCUGAACAUGAAGGAGUUUUAAAGGGACAGAAAUCCUAUCGAUGUGAUGAAUGUGGCAAAACUUUCAAUCGGAGUUCUCACCUUAUUGGCCAUCAGAGAAUCCACACUGGAGAGAAACCCUAUGAGUGUAAUGAGUGUGGGAAGACCUUCAGGCAAACCUCCCAGCUCAUUGUUCAUCUCAGAACCCACACAGGGGAAAAACCCUAUGAAUGCAGUGAGUGUGGAAAGGCGUAUAGGCACAGCUCCCAUCUCAUUCAACAUCAGAGACUCCAUAAUGGGGAGAAACCCUAUAAAUGUAAUGAAUGUGCAAAAGCCUUUACUCAGAGUUCCCGACUCAUUGACCACCAGAGAACCCAUACUGGGGAGAAACCUUAUGAAUGCAAUGAGUGUGGAGAGGCAUUCAUUCGAAGUAAAAGUCUUGUUCGACAUCAGGUCCUGCACACUGGUAAGAAACCUUACAAAUGUAAUGAGUGUGGGAGAGCUUUCUGUUCCAAUAGAAAUCUCAUUGACCAUCAGAGAACCCACACUGGAGAGAAGCCUUAUGAGUGUAGUGAAUGUGGCAGAGCCUUCAGUCGGAGUAAAUGUCUUAUUCGACAUCAGAGCCUCCACACUGGCGAAAAGCCGUACAAAUGUAGUGAAUGUGGGAAAGCCUUCAAUCAGAACUCGCAACUCGUUGAGCAUGAGCGAAUUCAUACUGGAGAAAAACCUUUUGAAUGUAGCGAGUGUGGUAAGGCAUUCGGUCUGAGUAAAUGUCUUAUUCGGCACCAGAGACUUCACACUGGUGAAAAGCCCUAUAAAUGCAAUGAGUGUGGAAAAUCCUUCAAUCAAAACUCACAUCUUAUUAUACACCAGAGAAUUCACACUGGUGAGAAACCCUAUGAAUGUCAUGAGUGUGGGAAGGUCUUCAGUUAUAGCUCCAGCCUUAUGGUACAUCAGAGAACCCAUACUGGGGAAAAACCCUAUAAAUGCAAUGAUUGUGGGAAAGCUUUUAGUGACAGCUCACAGCUUAUUGUGCACCAGAGAGUCCACACUGGAGAGAAACCUUAUGAAUGUAGUGAAUGUGGGAAAGCCUUUAGUCAGCGUUCCACUUUUAAUCACCACCAGCGAACUCACACUGGAGAGAAGCCCUCAGGUCUGGCUUGGUCAGUUUCUUGAGGUAUGAUUCACUGAGACAGAGAGCAAGGACCUUUGAGUUAAGCUUUCUUUAUAAGAAGGAUGCUCUUAGUGGUUUCCCAGAGCCAAUAGUCACAGUGGACCAUUUCCUACUUGCUUUUCCUUGGAUCACUAAGGUGGGAGACUAGGAGUAACUUAUUUCAGUUCUUACCCAUUAUUAGGAAGGUAAGGACUACACAUGUCAUUUAAUUGUAGAUUUCCUUUUUUUUCUUUACUUUUAAAUUUUAACUUUUAAAAUCUAUUUCAUUUCUUAGUUAUGCAUCUCAUAAUCAGACUCCACACUUUUCAAGGACAGAGAUAAUAUCUUCUCUAUUCUAUUCUACUUCCUACAUUUCACCAUUUAUACAAAGUCAUUCAACAAGGUUGAUUCAUGCCUUUCUGCCUCUUGGCUAUGGCCCUCCCCAUCUACUCUUUAAACUUUAAUCUAUAGCCUUUCAUCAAUUUCAUUCCCUAUCUAGAAAACAUUUUCUUCUGUUUACUAAUCUUUGUCCCUCACAAUUUUUGAAAUCCGUCUCAUCUCUGAAAUAGUUUCUUUUCAAGUACUUUUUUAUUUUUCUUCAACUUCUCUUGAUUUGACCUCAGUGCUUUGAAUUCACUGGUGCUAUAAUGUGUAACUUGUUAAAUUGCCUUGUAAAUUUUGCACGUCUGUAUACUUCUAUACCAACUUAUUGUAGGCUCUUUGAGGUCAGGUAGGUAUUUCUUUCCCAUAUAGAUAGUAUUUUGUACAUACCAGUUGUUAAAUAAAUAAUUUUAAAAAUCUCAA